AUGGAGUUGAUCAAACUCCUUUAUAUUGCAGUGUCACUCGUUUCACUGACCCUUGUAUCCCUCCCACCAGUCACCCCUCAAAGUUAUGCCUGUGACCAGAGGAACCCCGAAACCACCAACUUCCUCUUCUGCGACACUUCCCGGUCCUACGAGGACAGAGUGAAUGACCUCGUCUCGCGGCUCACCCUCAAGGAGAAAGUGCAGCAGCUUGGGUCGGGUUCAACUGGCGUUUCUAGGCUUGGAAUUCCGGAUUACGAGUGGUGGUCGGAGGCUAACCAUGGUAUUUUUAGUUCUAGAUAUGCUGCCAAGUUCAAUGGCAGCAUGUCGAGAGCGACCACCUUCCCUGCUGUAAUACUCACUGGAGCUAGUUUCAACGAGAAGCUGUGGCUGAAGAUGGGGAAGGUGGUGUCGGAUGAAGGUCGAGCCUUGUACAAUGUGGGCCAAGCUGGCCUCACGUAUUGGGCUCCCACUGUGAAUGUGUUUCGUGAUCCGAGAUGGGGUCGCGGCCAGGAGUCACCGGGCGAGGACCCUUUGAUGGUUUCAAGGUAUGGAGUGAAAUAUGUGAAGGGAUUGCAAGAUGUUGGAGAUGAAAGGGUGAGUGGAUCUAAUAGCAGGCUUAAGGUUUCAGCUUGCUGCAAGCACUAUAGUGCAUAUGAUCUUGAAUACUGGGGAGGCGUCGACCGAUAUCACUUUGAUGCGAUGGUGACGAAGCAAGACAUGGAGGAUACAUAUCAGCCACCAUUUAGAAGUUGUGUGAAAGAAGGACAUGCCAGCUGUGUGAUGUGUUCUUAUAACAGGGUGAACGGCGUUCCUAGUUGCUUUGACACUCAACUGCUUCAAGGAGUUGUCAGAAACCAAUGGAAUCUUAACGGAUACAUAGUGACAGACUGUCAGGCUCUUCAAACUUACUUAAAAUGUAAUUACACACCCACACCAGAAGAUGCAGUGGCCCUUGCACUAAAAGCAGGCGUAAGCAUGGAGUGCAGCAUUGUGAUGCAAAACUAUACAGAAAAUGCUAUUCAUUUGAACAAAACACACGAAUCGAUUGUGAACCAAGCAUUGACUUACAACUACAUUGUGCUCAUGAGGCUUGGUUUCUUCGAUGGCAAUCCAAAGUCCCUCCAGUUUGGUAGCCUUGGACCAUCUGAUGUAUGCGCAGAUGAUCAUCAACAGCUGGCGAUUGACGCGGCGAGGCAGGGGAUUGUGCUGUUAGAAAACAAAGGAGCCCUCCCUUUAUCCAAGGAUAAAACAAGCAACUUGGCUGUUAUUGGGCCAAAUGGAAAUGCCACCAUCACCUUGCUAAGCGUUUAUGCUGGUAUGCCAUGCAACAUCACCACACCGCUACAAGGGCUUCAAAAGUAUGUGUCAGCUGUUACCUAUGAGGCCGGUUGUGUUUCAGCGAGCUGCCCUAACCAAUCAAGAAUUGCUGCAGCAGUCGAGGUGGCUGCUGCGGCUGACGUUGUUGUGCUGAUCGUGGGACUUGAUGAGACUAUGGAGGGAGAGUGGGUCGAUAGGGACAACUUAACUUUUCCUGGAUACCAAGAACAACUUAUAAACAGUGUUGUUGCUGCAACAAACGGUGUGGUGGUUCUUGUGAUCAUGUCGGGUGGUCCAAUGGAUAUCGCGUUUGCCAAGAACGACAACAGAAUUGGUGCGAUUUUGUGGGUGGGAUACCCUGGACAGGGUGGAGGUGAUGCCAUUGCGCAAGUUUUAUUUGGAGACUACAAUCCUGCUGGAAGGUCGCCGUUCACAUGGUACCCAAAGGAGUAUACAGAGCAAGUCCCAAUGUCAAACAUGAACAUGAGAGCCAACACCUUUCCCAACUUCCCCGGAAGAACCUACAGGUUCUACACCGGAAACCCGGUCUACGAUUUCGGCCAUGGCCUCAGCUACUCGACCUUCACCAAGUCCAUAAUCUCUGCUCCUUCUGGUUUCCUUGUACAACUGAAUUCUCCCACAAGCCGCAACCACAGCGGGGAAGCCAUUGAUGUGUCCGCCGUAAGGAACUGCAACGAGCUGAACAUGAAGCUGGUAGUGGAAGUGAGCAACACAGGGAGCAUGACGGGAGACCACGUGGUGCUGAUCUUCUGGAGGCCGCCGAGCUCAACGGAGGUGAACGGGGAGCCAAACAAGGAGCUGGUCGGGUUCAAGAGAGUGAAGGUGAAGCAAGGGGAGAAGAGGAAUGUGAGUUUUGGGAUAAAAUUGUGCAAGAGGAUGAGUGUUGCUGAUAGUGCAGGGACGAGGAAAUUGGUGACCGGGAAACAUGUGAUUACGGUCGGAUCAAGCAGCGAGCAGCAAAUUAAGCACACCAUCGAUCUGAGGGUAGCUGCGAAUGCGAUGCAGUAGUAAGAUGGGAAGUACUGUUGAUUUUUUAGCUUGAGAAUUUGAACCAAGGAAUAGAUAAACGAAAAGGGAUAUUUUGGUUGUAGCAGAAGAGGAGGCAUAAUAACAUGAAGAGACAAGGGAUUAAUUGGUGGUAUAUCUACUUUAGUUGUUUGCUUUGGUAUCAUGAAAUCUUUUCUCUGUUAUUCUAAUUUUUUUUCGGAUGCCACUGAAAGAACGUGC